GGGUUGCCCGGGAAACGGCCGCAUGGCAACAGGAUCAGAGCCUGGGGGUUGUCUGCUUCUAGGUCUGCUCCCAUUUUACAUCGCGUUUCCUCACUAGAUGGUGUGCAAGCCACUGGAGAGUAACACUUCCCCGUGCAGUGGGCUCUACAUCCAGCAAAACAAACCUGGGAAACUAUACAGCGGAUCAUUUCUUUACGGGGCUCCGAGGAGGAGAAGUGUGGAAAUAACGCGUCGUUCGCGUCAAGGUUUUCUUUUUUUAAAAAGCCAACCCCACGCUUCUUUUAUUAAUUUUUUAUUUGCAACAAGAAUACUUGGGAAAAGCGGCAACAAAAUACAGCUGUGAUGGACAUAAUGAUUGCGGUGCAGGAUGCUUGUGUCUCUGGUCAGUGGCUUACUGCGAUUAUUCUCAGCCUGUGCUGCUUUCUGCCGUCCUGUUUGCCCGCUGGACAAACUGUGGACUAUUCCUCGGUUGAAAGUGUGGUCAGCAGACAAGGCGACACAGCUCUACUGAGGUGCUACCUGUUGGAUGGGAUCUCUAAAGGAGCCUGGCUGAACCGCUCGAGCAUCAUAUUCGCAGGGAACGACAAGUGGUCUGUGGACCCGCGUGUGUCCAUCGUGUCCAGCGUCGGAGACAAACAUGAGUACAGCCUUCAGAUACAGAAAGUGGAUGUAACUGACGACGGCCAAUACACGUGCUCCAUUCAGAGUGAGCGCAACCCGCGGCCAAAGCUCCUCAACCUUAUUGUAAAAGUUCCUCCCAAGAUAUAUGACAUUUCCUCUGACAUCACGGUAAACGAGGGCAGCAAUGUGUUGCUCAUCUGCACAGCCAGUGGGAAACCUGAGCCAACCAUUUCCUGGAGACACAUAACCCCAUUAGCCAGGAAGUAUGACAGUGGCGAAUAUCUUAACAUCACCGGCAUCACAAGGGACCAGGCCGGAGACUACGAAUGCAGCGCUUUAAAUGACAUCGCCUCUCCUGACACCAAAACAGUAAAAGUCACAGUCAACUUUGCCCCAGCUAUCCAUGAGAUGAAAAGCCAUUGCGUUGGUCUGGGACGCACAGCUCUGCUAAGGUGCGAGGCAGCUGCCGUGCCUUCCCCGACAUUCGAAUGGUACAAGGGUGAGAAAAGGAUUAUCAAGGGUCAGGGAAUCGAAAUCAAGAGCCUCAGCUCCAGAUCAGUCCUCACAGUGACCAACAUGACAGAGGAUCGUUAUGGGAACUACACAUGUGUCGCCUCCAACAAGCUGGGGACGGCUAAUGCCAGUGUGCCUCUCAUUCGGGUCAUAAAACCAGGUGGAUCCUGGGAAUAUUCAGCUGUUACGAACUUUGAAGCAAUUAUUGAACCCACCACCACUAGUGCUGUCUCAAGCCCAGCGCCCAACACUGCACCCUAUGGGAGCACAGGAAGCGCGUACGUCCCGCUGGCCUGCCGAUACCUGGUCCUGGCUCUCUCCUCCUUCAUCAGCGUGUACUAGCAGAGGCCAGCCCAGACACAAUGACUGUCGAGAGCAUUUAUGAAUCCUUUUUGACAUUGCUGAUGGCUGGAUUCCAAUCUGGUACAGUUAGUUGAAAAGCCGUGAGGGGAAAAUAAUCAGCGUUACUUUCUUUUUCAUUUUCUUUUCUUCGCUUUUUGGUGAAAUUUCUGUCAUGUAAAUACUAUGAUGUUUGUUUUUUUUUAUUAUUAUUAUUAUUUCUUCUCUUCUUUUGGGAUUGAUUGACUACCUUGUGAAUCAGUGCUCACCCCCAGCCCCGCUCCACCUCCACUCAUAUCAAAAGCCCCCAAACUUCCCAAAUGAGUUACUUUCAUGCCUCUUUCUGUGUGAGGCAAUGGCGCAAAAUUUACAUUUUCAUCCAUUUUUGUACAUGGCUAAAAAGAAGCGAUUGUGCCAAGUCUCUCAGUACGCAGAAUUACCAUACCAAUGUUGUAUUGAAUGUAUUAUGGGGUUGUCGAACAAAGGAAAGACAUUUAGAUUCCAAACAAUACAAAUUCUGAUUAUGGAGUGCGCUUAAAAAAAAACAGGGAAAAAAACAGAAAAAAAAAACAAAAGAACAAAAAAGGCAGGGCUUUUCCAGGACCUGUAUUGUCAUGAUUACUCAGUAGAUGGAUGAACAGUGUUGAAGGUGUGCUUUGUUGUAUUCUGAAAUGGGUCCUUCAGUUACUAUGCCUGCCUAACAGAUCAGGCAGCCGUCAAAGUAGCAAAGUAUACUGUAUUGUAUCUUUAUAUUUUAAUAUAGUGUAGGCUUUGUUUUAAAGUGGGACCAGCUUUUCUCAUUCGACCAAGAACAGUAAAACAGUUCAUGACUUUGUACAGUGUGAAGGGAGGAACAUCGCUGCCCUAUGUUUACAUUCUUCUUCAAAAUAUAAAUACUACAGUAUAUACUUCAUACUUUCUUUUCCUGUGAGAAUGUCACAACAAACUGUUUCAGUUGAGAAGAAAAGGCAGAGCCCAAGUUCAACUGUUUUAAGCUUUUCCCUUAAAGAUGCAGUUCUUUGAAACAUGCCACUUCCAGUGGGCGUCUAAGCGGAGCAUUUUGUCUCUGAAUUUGUUGUGUACCUACUGAUCAUCUACUGACGGAAAAACCCACAGCUGCACACUGUAGGUCGCUUGAAGUUUUUUGGCUUCAACCUUUGGCACCAUACUUAAAAAAUGGAUUCUGGGAAAGCAGCAUUCUGCAGCACAGUAUUUUCUUCCUUUGUUUUUCAUUAGAGAUUAUUCAAUACUUAAAUAUAUUCAAGUGGGUUUUUUUUUUUACAGUAAAUAUACAGUAUCUACUUCAUUGUGCCAGUUAACAAAUAAAAGACAUCCAGAGAGCCAAAGGCCAUGUAACUUAAGAUUUCUGGCAUUUACACCCACAUAUUUGGUUAAGUACAAAAAACAUUCAAAAAAGAAACCUGUUUUGGCUCCAAUCUAAGUCCUUCUCGUGUUAAUUAUGAGCAACAGAACACAAAAUAAACCCUAUGAACAUUUUCAUCACUACAAACAUGGCCUGUGAGUGUCCAUUUUGUUCAUAACAGCUGAUCAGUGUCCACAGGGCCAGAGAACGUCCAGCAGAGUAGAGAAUAAAUUAAACCAUGAGGUUGUUUAAUAUGAGAGAACGUGGCUUUUUUUUAUUGAAAUCAACCACAUCAACGCUUAAAAACAAUGUUAUUGUAAAGGUUUACUUGCAGAGACCGUCAUAUUCAUCCUCAAGUAUCUUCAGUCCAUGGUGUAAACAGAGAUACUGUACUGUAAUGCCUUAAUAGUACCAUAGACAUUAAAUGAACCUCCUUUAGAAGGACACUUCCAGAAGCUCUCAAUAAGAUACAACUCAUUUGUUUGACAUAUUACUGAUUAUUGAAUGUUCAUAAACCAAUAGCUGAUCUUAUCUUUCAAAUUAGGCAUUAUAUCCCCAAUUUCUCAACUCGCAGGUAUUUUCAAAUAAACCAGUUGCAUCUGAUAAAAAUGCAGUAUUUGUCAUACAGGUUAACAUGUUUGCAGGUCUUGUUUGGAUAUGAAUUGUUUUAUAUUUUGCCCCAGCAUCGAGGGUCUAACAGUACCCGAAUUAGUUCACACAGUAUUUUCACAUGAACUUGUAACUGCAUACCUAUAGAGAAAUAGCCAUCGCAGUUAAAAGACUUAAAGCACAAACAUUGUUUUUACUUUUACAUUUUGUGAUGAUUUAAGGUCUGCUAAACAUUUUUUUUCCUUUUUUUUUGUUUGUACUGAAAUUGUUAUCAGUUUGUUUUACAAAUUAUGAAAAUACUGCACCAUAUGAUCUUGUUUAAAUGUUAAGGUAUAAUGAAAAUGGGUCAAAAGUAUAUUUAUUCUCUUCCUUUAUGAAAACAAUGUAUAAAAAAUAGAUUUGAAACAUGUAAAACUGGAUAUGUGACAUUUAUUUGAAUGAGGCACAGUAUGGCAUAGUUUAUAAUGUUGUGGGGUUCAUUUAGAUGCCAUAACUGUUGUUGAUUUUUCGUCAGAGGAGUACAUUAAAAAGAACAAUGUUUGCAAUCAAAUUACCUACUUUUUGAAACAGAGAGGGUGUGAACCAAUAUAACAGUAUUAUAGAACAGAAUCAAUGUGUGUAUAUUUGGAGAAAAUAGGAUACCUUUAGAGCCAGUGUGUAGUCAUAGUUUUCACACACUUGCGUGUUUGAUGAUGUGCAGAGAGUAUGGUUGUGCUGCAUGUCAAAGUUAACCUGUGUUUUUGAGGUGGCCAUUUUACAGAUAUUCAUACUUUUUAUGAAUGCAACCAGUUUUUUCCAAAAGUUUGGUUCUUAAACCUGGUCUAAAAAUGCAUACCUCCUACAGACCACUAGGCUAUGUUUGUUUGUGAUUUAUAUGAAUCAAUCUUUGCUGAUAAACUAAAACAACUGCUAUUCAGAGUCAUGAUGAUUAUUGUGGCACAUUGGUGACAGUCUGGAGUUAUUGUUGGUUGCUUGUCUAAGCAGUUAAGAUCAUGCUAGUAAUCCAUAUGAAAUGUACUGGAUGUUGAUUAUUUUGAAUAAUGGUAUUAUUAACUCCCUUUUAUCAAAUCACUAUUAUUUGCAAUAAAAGUCUUCAUGUUACAAUAUAAA